GAAGGAGUGAAGACUGAAAACGACCACAUCAACCUAAAGGUUGCAGGUCAAGAUGGGUCAGUCGUCCAGUUCAAAAUCAAAAGGCACACUCCGCUCAGCAAGCUGAUGAAGGCAUACUGCGAAAGACAGGUAUGGCUUUCCUUCAAGUUUACAUUCAUCUGAUUUUAAUCUUCUGGUCACCUAAAACAAUGUAAAGCUUUGAGACUGAUUGGACAACCUUGCAGGGCAACUCCUGACCACAGUAACUUGCCUGGCAAUGUUUUAUUUUUAUAUCAUAACCAUGCCCCUCUUUAUUUCAGGGUUUGUCGAUUAGACAGAUUCGGUUUAGGUUUGACGGACAGCCAAUCAACGAGACCGACACACCUGCACAGGUAGGUGACAGUUUCCUUUCACUUUCGUAAGAGUCCUAAAUAACAGAUUCAGAAUAACUAAUAAGUUACUAAUGAAUUUAACAAAGACAAGCUACUUAUUUUGUGACUUAAUGACCUUGUAUUUGUGUUGACAGCUUGAGAUGGAAGAUGAGGACACUAUUGAUGUAUUUCAACAACAGACCGGAGGCUCCUCCCUCUCUGAGGCCCCUCCCUCUCUGAGGCCCCUCCCUCUCUGA